AGUGUGCCCCAUCGAAUAUGCAGCGAGGCCGAAGAAAACAAUUAUCUCCCAUCGGCCGACCUUCAGAUUUCACUGCAGCAAGACAAAAGUGAGGCAUUCCGUCACGUCGAUUGUGACGCGGUGCCGAGUGAAAUGCGGCCGAAUUCGCGACAAUUCGUUUGACACAAUGCCGGUUCAUCGGCACUAUUGCUAUCGGACUCCUGCGGAGGCGUCUUCACAGGUGCGUAAGCGCAGGUAUAGCGACCGGCCGCACCCCGCCCCCGCGCCGCGGCGGCCAUCUUGAAUUCCGCUCACUCAGACCCGCGCCCGUCUCGCGGCUGGCGCACGUACGCACGGCGAGCACAGUUGCAGUGUUUUCAAGUGAUUCAGUGACAUGUUGUGAUCGUGCAGUGACGAAAUGGAGUCGACUCCCAUCUGUAGGUGUCGCGUGCUGUACCUCGGCUCCGCGGUGCCGCAGCAGAGCAAGGACGGCCUCCAGGGCAUCCAGGAACCAUUGCGCGAGUUGUACCCGGAAAAGGGAGCGACCAGCGGCGGCAUCGACUCGUGGCUGUCGGUCUGGUCCAACGGCAUCUUGUUGGAGAACGUCGACGAGAGCGGCUCGCGAGUGGCCAGGUUUUUUCCCAUAUCGAGCCUGCACUACUGCGCGGCCGUGCGGCGGGUGACCGUCGAGGGCGCGCCGAGGUUCUUACCCUUGGACUCGCCCUUCGCCCGGGCGCCCGCCCCGCGGCGGCCUCCUUUAUUCGCCGCGGUCCUGCGCCGCACGCAAGGCAUAAAGGUCUUGGAAUGUCACGCCUUCAUAUGCCGCCGGGAGGCCGCCGCCAAUGCGCUAGUUCGGUGUUGUUUCCACGCUUACGCGGACAGCUCCUACGCGAAACGUUUGGAGGCCGAGAGGACCCCUUCGCAGCUGCCGCCGGAACCGGAUGAGGAACUCGAAGCGUUCGACGGCGACGAGAACCACAAAGUGUGGGUCGGCGAGAUCGAGCGCGACGACGUGAGCGACGACAUUCCUCACCCGACGCGGGCGCCGCGGCCUCGGCAGAUCACGCGGCCGGCGUCCGUGCCGCCGCCUCCUCCGCCGCCGGAGGAGCCCAAAAAGAAGACGGCCACAGCGAAGAAAACGAAAAAGAAAUCAUCCGCCUCGGCGGACGAGUUGUACGCGACGAUGCCGGGGCCGGCGCCGGUCAUGAACGGCAGGUCACUGGGGCGCGCGCCGCCGGCGUGGGCGGCGGGCCACCCUAUAAUGCUGGUGGCGCACCCCGCCGCCACUCUGCCGCACGCGCGCCCGGCGACCCUGGCUCACCGGGGCCGGGUACCCGCCGCGCUAGCACCCGGCCCUUAUCCUGGAGUCCCUCCAGGUAGAGGCCGUCUCCAGUAUGCGACCGUGGACCCUCGACGCUCGAAGCCCCCGCCCCCGCCGGCCCUGAAGGCCGCUCAAAGCAUGAACGGGCUCGAAGCGGUGGAGGACUCCGGCGGAAUCUACAGGAAGAAGGGCCACUUGAACGAGCGGGCCUUCUCGUACAGCAUCAGACAAGAACACAGAAGUCGCUCCCACGGAUCUCUCGCCAAUUUAAAGUUCGCUGCUCCACCUGAGGUGGAGUCUGGUCGCGAGGAACUGAAGAAGGAGCGGGAGAUCAUGCAGCUGGUGGCCGGGCUGCAGCUCGGCUCCGACGAGGUGGAGCGCCGCGAGGUGCCGCCGCAUCUGCUUCGGGCGAGGCAUGCGCCUAGAUAACACAACGCUUCGGGAGCGGUGGUGCCAUCUAUUAACUGGACGGAGAGUCAGCGGCGUGCGCGCCUCACUUCGAUACGAAUUUCAUUCCGACACUACCAAAUAAGCACAAAUCCUCUUAGCCUUAAAUCAUAAGGCAAUAGAGUCCAUUAUGCGUUGUUAUAAACGCAGACACGGUCACAUUUCGAUUGCUAAAUCGUAUCGGUCGAGUUUAUGUCGAUUAGUCACGAAUACAUUCCACAUUGUACAAUAAAGUAC